CCCUAUUUUUUUGCCAUUAUUCAAACUUGGAAUUUGUGUUAUCCAAAAUUUUAUUCCCAAUAUUUAUAAUGAUAAUUUUUCAAAAUCAUUGGCGCCAGAAGUAAUGAAAAUUUGAUUAAUAAAAUUUCGCAAAAUUUUUACCGGUGAAUUUGAUAGCGUACUGAUAAGUGAUGUUUACCGUACAACUCUCGUAAGAUGGCGGAAAUACCGUUUAGGCUUCGCAUUUGGUCGCCGUUACUCGAGAUUCUCAAACGAUACAGCGAAAAGUAUCGCUAAUAAUUGAUCGGUUUUCAUCUCCGAAGUGUUUCUGUUUCUUAUUAUGAUCUACAAGCAAGACUAAAAUGCCUGUCAAUACGCCGUCAGAAGUUUCUGAUCCUAUGGCUGCUGUAACAGCUGCUGAAAACGAAGCAUCGUCCCUGGAUAUAUUAGUAUGUGGUAAUUGCCAAUCUGUAUUUCAUUUUGUCGAAGAAUUCGGUGAACAUAAACUGAAAAAUGAUUGCGAAAAAGCCGAUAAAACUUCGCUCAAUUCUCAAGGUAACAAGAAACCUCAAGUUUGGGCUUUCUUAAUAUGGAAAAAUUCGCAAACUAAAGUAGCAGUUGACCAGCAAGGUUCUUGGAAAUUAUACCAGCGUUGGUGCAAUAUGCCAGAAAGUCAGCGUCAGUCCUGGGUCACCGCUGGUAGAAAUAUCCAAGCUUUUAUAAACUUAUCACACGCCAGAGAACUAAAUAAGUUUUCGCAGCAGGUUGACACAAAUAACAAAGAAAACGAAAAAGAAUUGGACGAAGAAAUAGAGGAAGACUUCGUCGUCGAGAAAAUAGUCGGUAAACGAUACAAUCAUAAGAAGAAACGAGUCGAGUAUCUUUUAAAAUGGGAAGGCUAUCCUCCGGAGCAAAACACAUGGGAACCGUUAUCCAAUCUAACCACGUGUAAAAGCCUUCUACAAGAGUACGAAAGACUGGCUGCUCAAACAGCCAGCGAUAAAUCACCGGCUGCCAGACUAGCCGGCGUUUUAAAGAGAGAUAUCGCCAGUCCGGCCACCAAAUUAUCUACUGGUCCGAGUAUCAAACCAUCCGGUAUGAUGCCUGGUAAAUAUUUAAUCGAGAAAAAGGUCGAGCCUACGUUACAAACCCAAAGAAAAAUCGUACCGGCUACUCCGCUCACUAAUUCGAUGGCGGCUACGCCCAAGACUUUGAGUCCGUUCGAGCGGUACACGGCUACGACUCCUAAGUUCGACACUAAUAAAGAAAUUGAACCUAAGAAACUUAUCACAGGUGGUGAUACACCGUCGGCUUUCGCCUCUGAUCCUAGUCUUGGUACUUCUGCUAAACCAAUUAAUAUCGACGACGAUGAUUUCUCCCCGCCGCCUUUGUCUAUGAAACGAACCAGUGAUGGAGACAGUGAUGCCGCCGAUGAUAAUAAACGAUCUAAAUUGAACGAAACUAGUUCUUUGAAUGUUAGUAAACCGUCUGAUGAUGUUCAAGAGGUACCCAAGAGUGGUAUUUUCAAGAAAAGUGAAGUUAGAGAUAAAUUCCCUUCGAUUACAACGAUGCUUGGUAAAGGAGAAGAUGCUCAAAAAUCCGAUAGAAAUUCGGCCGAUCAAAGAGGCAUUUUAAAAGUUGAUCACGCUCAAAUGCCCGAAAUCCAAUCCGGUAUUUAUAAAAUGUCGGUAAAAGGUGCCAGCGUGAAGAUCGACUCGGUCGCAAUCGAUCGUCAAAUCUCCGGUAUCUUACCAACGCCACCAGGACCCAAAGGAGGCGUAUUAAUAUUAGGAAAUCGUUUAGACGUAUCAAAAGUAUCCAAAGCGUCGCCUAAAUUAAUAGGCGGUAGUCCAGAUAAAUCUCAGAGUCCGGCAUUCCGAGGUGUUUAUCCUCGAACUGAAAUACCCAAGGUAUCAAAACCAGAUUUCCAAAAAACCUUUAGUCCCAUCGAUAACGUCAAGAAACCAGUGAAUUCGUUACGUAAAGUAUUAGGAGGACCUAUACCUCGCGGAAGGUCUAAGACCAGCUUGCCUGCUCCAGGCAACGUAUCCAGAUUGAAGAAUAGUUUUGUCAAAGGUUAUGGCGACAGUUCAGCUGAUACCUCCGGAACUCGAUUAGUCGAUGGCGACGGUUUCCUAAUGGAAUUCUGCGAGUAUGAGAACUCUGAUAUGGAAGAUUAUUCAUUACCUGACGAUUUCCCCGAAGAACUCGAUAUGGAACCACUGAGUCCAGCCAGACCUUUGACUCUUGAUCCGGAAACAGGCAAGAGAUUAAUGCGCGCCGAAGGCGAACCGACACCUCAACCUACGCCCGAACCAUCACCCGAGCCUUCGCCUGCUCCAUCUCCUGUGCCCACGCACCAAAUUUUAUUAAAAGAUGAGAAAGAUAUGACGGUAAGAAUGACCACAGAAGGAUUAAUAUUAAAGACAGACGACGUUGAAGGUGAAACAUACACCGAGAUUAACGGAAAUACAUACAAAGUCACGAACGCUGCUGGUUUACUUCAAAAUGCCGCGUUCGCCACCACCCAAGAUGGAGGUGAACUUAAAGCUAUCGCUGUUCCUGCCGAAUUAGCCGACGGCGAACACGCCGAAAACACUAAUAUGAUCACUAUCACCGGAGAAGAUGGAUUAGUCUAUCAAGUUGCUAAUGCGAAACUAGAAGGCGAUACUAUCGUCGUAGCGUCGGGCGAAGACGAACAACAAUGUGUAUUCGUAACCGAAGACGGACAUCAAGUCAUGCAAAGAACCAACGAAGACGGAUCCACCGUACUGACUUUGGAAAGCGCUUACGCCGAUGCUGUAUCUCAAUUAGUACCUAAUCAGAUAAACAUUCUACCCGAUGGUUCACAAAUCUACGUCAAACAAGAAGAAAACGGCCAAGUCGAGCUUAUGCAAAUUCAAGCCGGUACCGAAAUCGCCGAACAAGAGGCUACCGAAGAACAAGAACAACAAAUCGCCGAAAACGCCGACGAAAAUUCUGGUCAAGUUGUCGCCCAGCUUAUCGAAGCCGGAGAACCUGCCCCUGGUGGUGGACCGAGAAGAGUUGUUUUACUGCUACCCGAUGGUAAUUUAAUGGUAACCGAAGUGGACGAAGAACAAUACGCAGCCUUGGAAUUGGAAAAAUAAUCAUCGAGAAGAUUUUUAGUACUACGAUAUUAGAUAACUCGGCUCGCGGGUCGUUAUAUUGUGACGGAGAUCGACUGAAUAAAUGCCAAGUCUAUUCGUGGCUAUUAUCUUUUCGUUCGUUUUAUAUUCCCUGUGAUGUUGACGAUGUUCUGAGCUCGUGUGUGUUUUAUUAUAUAUGUACAUGUUUUAUGUAGUAUUUGGUUGAUUUAUGAUGUGCAUCGAAAUACACAGAACGAAAAAGAAUCGUUCUAACGAUUCUUUCUCGUAGAAAUGUAAACAAUGCAGAUGAUGAUAUUUUUUAAAAUUUGUAUAUGUUUUCUUUUUUCUCUUUUUAAAUUUAUUUCAAUUUUAAUUUAAUUGGCUUUAAAAGUUUUCGAUGAUGAGGUAUGUAUUUAAGCGUGUGUCGUGGAUAAAGGUCUUUGUAAGAUAUAGAAUUAUUAAUGCUUUUACCUAUGUAGUUUAUCACUCUUGGAUUCGUUAUCCUUUUGUUAUUUUAUUGUCUGCAAGAUUUAGUACAUACGAUGAGGAUAUACAUUUUUUUCUUUUUUUAAUCGACACUAUUGUCCCCCCCCCCCCCAUUUGUGUUUUAUUCUGUAAAUAAUUCGUGAUCUUAGUACUACGUUGAGUAUUGUAAUGGUAAUAAUUCAAAGUUAUCGCGUGAAAAGGUUAAAUUAUUUAAUUUCGAUGGUAAUUCGACACGUUAUGUUUUAUCACUUAUUAUUUUUUUUUGUUAUUUAUACUUUUUAUUUAAUACUAUCUCCUUUUUUUCGUGUACAAUGUUGGACGAGUGAAGUUUUGUAUGUAUUUUAAAAUUGUAUAAUGCGUUAUUUUUAAGGUAUUUUUAUGUAAUAAAUUUAUAACCUAA